AUGUCCAGCCCCAACUCUCACCCAAUGUACGCCAACCUCACCGCCGACCAGCUCCGCUCCGGCGACGGUCGUCUCCUCCUUCCGGACCACCUCAAAGUCAGAGUCCUCCAAUACUGCAUCAUGAAGCAGAUCUCUGCCCGUGCCCUCCCCACCAACGAUCUCGAGAUGCUCGACUUCCUCGCCUUCAUCGGUUGGGAGUCCGCCAUCAACGAUCCCGACCUCGUCCGCGCCCUCUCCACCAAGCUCCUCGACUUCGUCCGCAACAACAUCAACAACGACAAGUUGCGCCCUGGUCUUGCGGAGACCAAGGCCUCUGACACCGGCAAGUGGACUGUGCAAUACAAGAUGUACACCCUCAAGUGGGCCUGUGAUGGCGGCUUCGUCUGGAAGAAGACUUCUCUCAACCUGCCCGAGGAUUACCCCGGCGGAGCUGAGGCCGGCAAUGCGAUUCGUCCCAUCAUGAUCGAGCGUCCGUACAUUGCUCCUGCUGCUUUGGUCCGUCAGACUGUGGCCUUUGUGGAGAAUGCGGAUGUCGGCGAGCUGGAGAACAUCAAUGAGAUCACCGCCAUGCAGGGUGCCACUCGGGCUUUGCAGAACGAGUCUGCUGCUCGUGCUGCGAAUCGCAAUGCUGGGGCUGAUGCUGGUGGUGAUCCCAUGGAGGAAGAUCAGGCUCAGGCCCAGGCCCAGGCUCAGGCUCAAGCUCAGGCUCAGCAGGUUCAGGCUCAGGCUCAGACUCAGGCUCGUCAGGCUCAGGCACAGGCACAGGCUCAGGCCCAGGCACAGGCUCAGGCACAGGCACAGGCUCAAGCUCAGGCUCAGCACGAGGAAGUUCAUCGUCAAGAAGCUCAGCGUCAAGGAGAGGCCGGUCGUCAGCAAGCUCAGCACCAGGGGGAAGCUCGUCGCCAGCAAGCUCUUCGCCUUCUGCGAGCCCGCCGCCAGGAGGACGCCCGUCGUCAAGAAGCUGCACGCCGUCAGGAAGAAGUCCGCCUUCAGGAAGAAGCCCGCCUUCAGGAAGAAGCCCGCCUUCAGGAAGAAGCCCGCCUUCAGGAAGAAGCCCGCCUUCAGGAAGAAGCCCACCUUCACAAAGUAGCCCGUCUUCGGAAAGAAGAAGCCCGUCUUGAGAAAGAAGAAGCCCGCCUGCAGGAAGAAGCUCGUCUCCAGGAACAGGCCCGCCUCCAGGAAGAAGCCCGUCUCCAGGAAGAAGCCCGUCUCCAGGAAGAAGCCCGUCUCCAGCAGGAAGCCCAGCGUGAGGAAGCCUCCCGUCAGCACCAGGAGAUGAAGCGAGCCCACGAAAUCGAGAUGGCCCAACUCCAAGCCGAGCGCGAUGCAGCCCAGGAGAAAGUCCGCAAGAUGAUGUUCACUUUCAUGAAGCAGCAGCAGCACCAGCAACAGCACCAGCAAGCCAUCUCCAGGCCCGCCAAGACCAACUUCAACUCUGCAUCCUCCCACAACAAGUUCCUCAUGGACGACAUCCUGUCCCAGUAUGCUUUCGAUGCUUCUUGCCCACCACCACCACCGGCCACGGCGGUCAUCACGCCUCCUCAGUCGCCUUCUCCAGCUACCGCUCGCUACCAGGACAUUCUGCAGGAUGUUCUGCCGCCAAAGAAGACUCAGCCGAAGAAGUCCACCAAGGCUCAGAAGAAGAAGAAGACCUCCGCUCCGGCUCCAGCUCCGGCUCCUCAGACUUCGGCCUACUACGACAUCUUGACCGGACUUGGUGUUUGA